UUAAACCUUCGCGAAUGUUAACAUCUUGAUGACUCCCAUAAGAUACUUCCAUAAAACUAUUAUUUGAGGGUCAGAUACUUAUUUUUCUUCAUAUGAUGUUCUGACUCGGGCAAGCAUCAUAAGAGUAUAGCAAAAAAUACUAACUAGUGUCUAAACUAUUAUUUAUUUUCUUGAAAAUCUUCUAAUAGAAAUUUCUAACAUUUUUUUCAAUCUACGAAAGUGAAGUGAGUUUUUUAAAAAAAUUUUGAUAUGCACGAAACAUGAAAAUUCUAAUUUACAAGAUUCACGCAUUAAGUUUAAUAUUAUCGAUGCUAAUAACAAUGACUCAUUCUCAAAAUACGACUAGUUUGGAUGCCAUAUUUGGAGGUCUAUUGCGGACAUUUUUACUAAAAGCUGGUCAUAAGGUUCGCCAACAAACUGAUUCUGAUUUUAAUAGAGCAAUAUUAGAAAAACAACAGAGAGCAGCGAAGAAACUUAAAGCUGCUGAUCCAUUUCCCUGUCAAUUAGAAAAUAUUAAAUUGAGAAGUGAUACUGUACCUUCAAGUGUUCAUAAAUUACGUCCUGGUGACAUCGACAUAAUAGCAGGAAUGGGAGAUAGCUUAAGUGCAGGCACUGGUAUAUCCACCAUUUCUGUUAUUGAAGAAUUGAUAAUUCCGCAAAGAGGAAGAGCCUGGUCAGCAGGAGGUGAGAAAACCUGGAGAUCUUACUUGACUCUUCCCAAUAUUUUAAAAGUAUUCAAUCCCAAGUUGUUCGGUUUUGCUCUAAAAGCUUCUCAGAGCAUCGAAUGGGAAUCACAGUUUAAUGUUGCUGAAAAUGGCGCCAUAUCCAAUGAUAUGCCAUAUAUGGUUAAGGAAUUAGUGAAGAGAAUCAAGCAAGAUCCUAGAGUAGAUUUAGAAAAUCAUUGGAAAAUGGUGACGAUAAUGAUAGGCGACAAUGACUUUUGCUCAGAGAUUUGUCUACUCCGUAACAGCUACGAUUCGUUAAAAAAACACAAAGAAGACUUACUAAUAGUUCUUAGAUAUCUAAGGGAUAAUUUACCAAGGACUAUAGUUAAUUUAGUACCAGCACCAAGAUUGGAUGUACUGUUUGAAAUGAAGAACCUCCCUUUAAAAUGUUAUAUUGUUCAAAAUACGGUUUGUUCGUGCAUUAGAGGUUUAUUGUACAAAAAUAUGAGGAAAAUAAUGAGCGACAUUAUGAAAAAAUGGCAGCAGGUAGAUCUCGAAGUUAGCAAUUUACCAGAAUUUGAUUUAGAAGAUUUUACUGUGAUAGGUCAUACUUAUACGUUAAACUACUCGUUCCCUAGGACUCCACAAGGGAAACCUGAUUAUACUUUCCUAGCGCCUGAUUGUUUCCAUUUUUCGGAAAAAUCACAAGCAAGGUUUGCAAACGAUUUGUGGAAUUCGCUAUUGGAACCUGUAGGUAACAAGAGCACAGAUGGUACUCCAACAUUUUCAAAAUUUAAUUGUCCUUCUGAAGAACAUCCUUAUAUUUACACAAAGCAUAAUAGUCAAUUGCCUCAUUCAUUCCAAAGUGUGGAGAAGACCUUUGAACUACCCAAUUAGAACAUUUAUACAAAUUAUAAAUAAAUAGUUCUCAUAAUGAAUUGCUUCUCCUAUUAGCCUUCCAUACAACUUCUGUUAAUGUCCUGCAAGCAGUAAAUUUUUUUGUCUAAAGCAUGGGAAGAUGUGACACCCACAACUAUACAGCAAGGUUUUAGAUAUGCAAGUUUGUAUCAAUUCUAAGAGUUGUGGAAAGGUGGAAACAGAACCAGACUUUCCAGUAAUUGAGUGGUUUAAAAUGAUAGGAAACUUCAAGGAAAAUUCUCAAACUUAUAUUGGAUUAAACAACCGCCUGAUUACAACGGCAACGGUAAAUUUCCUUCUUCAGAACUCAUCCUCAUAUUGCUGGAGGAAUUUUGAAAAUAUGACAAAAAUGUAUCAGCAGGGCUUCUCCUAAAACUGGUAAUAUUUCGAAGGUGAAAAAUGUAGAAGCUGAAUUAAUGGAAAAGUACUUAUUUUAUUACCAAGACGAAUCAAUUUCCUAAGAUAUAAAUGAUAUAUAACAAAUUCUUAGUGCAGCUAAAGAUGUCGAUCAAAAAGAACAGUAAUAGCGUUUAUAAAUAAAUAUUGUUUUUAUGUAUAUAACUACUAACAUUAGUCUGAAAUAAAGUUUUUUUGUAUAA